AUGAAGGCUUGGAGUCGCUUGCGUGAUAUCAUCCAAGAUAACAAACACUCUCGUGAUGUCACCCUUGAGUACGACUUCACUCAUGUCGACAUGGUCGAUUUUCCUAAUGUCUCUACCUAUUGUCAACAUCUCAAAUCUCUGGCGGAUCAACUCAAGAAUGUUGGAUCUCUAGUGGCUAACCAUCGUCUGGUUCUUCAAUUGGUCUCUAGUCUUACCGAGACCUACCAAGGUGUGGCGACUCUUAUUCGCCAACGAGACUCUUUGCCGCAAUUUUAUCACGCCCAUUCGAUGCUCACUCUUGAAGAGGUUGGCCAUGCUAAGAAAGUAGCCCAUAGUUCUUCCGCUGCAUAA